AUGAGAGAUGAAAUUGCAACAACAGUUUUCUUCCUCACAAAACUGGUGAAAAAACAUGAUAAACUGAGUAAGCAACAAAUAGAAGAUUUCUCAGAAAAGCUGACGACUAUCCUGGUUGAAACAUACAGAAGUCAUUGGCAUGCUGAUUGCCCUUCUAAAGGGCAAGGCUUCAGGUGUAUCAGGAUAAACAAUAAUCAGAAGAAAGACCCCAUUUUAGAAAGGGCUUGUGCUGAGAGUAAUGUAGACUUUUCUCACCUGGGCCUUCCAAAGGAGAUGACCAUAUGGGUAGAUCCCUUUGAAGUGUGCUGUAGGUAUGGUGAGAAAAGCCAUCCAUUUACUAUUGCUUCUUUUAAAGACAGAUGGGAGGAAUGGGAGGUCUCUCAACAGAUCACUUCUGCUGUGAAUAGAGCCACUUUUGACUACUCCUCCAGCACUUCCUCUGAUGAAGAAGGUUCUAGCAGGGAACCUCAGAUCAUUCCUAAAGUCAGCAAUCCGAAGAGUAUCUAUCAGGUUGAAAACUUUCCGUCUUGGUUCCAGAUGUCCCACAAAAAAAAUGUGGCACACGGCCAUGUGGGCCUUCUGGGAAGUACGUAUCACACUGCACGUAAGAACCCCAAGUACUACAGGUCUGCUGCCAUGCACCGGGUGGACAGGUACCACUGGGUCAACACGCACCGCUAAGGCAGUGGCUAGGCAUGU